GUUCUCGCAUUGAGCUUCAGUUAAUGGGCGACUUUGGAUGUGAAUUGUCGGAAACGGACUGAUUUUAAGCUUUUUACAACAAUUUAGUUAACCGGUGCGCAGUCGAAUCAAAUCGUAGCUCUUCCAUUGUUUAUCUUCCUAUAGGAAAUACGCGUAUUCAACCUUCGAAUCUAGUUGUUUUCUCAAAUAUCAAACCCCAAAGAACAUUACACUGCCAAUUAAAGUAUAGUGAGAAUGAACCAGUGCAUGUAAUUUGCAAAUCGCUGAGAACUUGCGAACUUAUUGUUUAGAAUCUUAUCAGAUCGCGGUCAAACGUUCUACUUUCGCAUCCACUGAAAAUUCUAUUUAGUUUGCUCAGUAAAUGUAAAUCGAUUAUAAUCCUUCGGCUAGCAUAAGGGCUAAUUACUGGGAAUCCCAGCGUAAACAGAGAAUUUAAUAACCUGCACGCAAUUGAGAUAGAGUCUAGGAAGUCGAAACUUUUCUUGCUAAGCUUUCGUGUCCGGUUCCAAUUGUUCUAACAACCGCCAGCCCGACCAUAUAGAGCACAUAGAUAAACGCCGACCUGGCCCACUGGAUUCGGGGUCUGGGUUUCAAUUCAUUAAGUCCGGAGCUCUCGACGCUAGCGGUUGAUCAGUUCUGAUCUCUCGGGGUGUCGUGUUUAUAUUACUGCUCUGAUUCCGAACCGCUGAUUAACGUCAGUUGCAAUCAGCUCGAAUCAGCAGUAAUUCAAUCAGAGAUAUGGUGGGAAAAGUUCUACAGCUUGCGGUGGCGGUUCUCCUUGUCUUCUGGACGAAUGCGCAGACCGAAUCCUACGAGGAUCCCAACAGUCUCAAGCUUUGGCUGACCAUCAGUGCCCGCAAGAGAUUCGUCGAGGUUUCCUGGAGCAAUGCUCCGGCGAACAAGGGUGAUCAUGUGCUGGUGACGAGACAGGAUGCCCUCAGCUUCCAGAAGAAAGCCUCUCCCAAGCGCACUCCCUUGGCUUCCUUCAGCAGCGAGGAGGGCAGUGGAUCCGGCGAGGGAGCGCCCAGCUUUGUGCCCAUCAGUGGGUUCACCAUUAGACCGGAGGCCAGAACGGCCAGAAACGAGGUGGAGCAGGAGUUCUGGGUGGCCAAUGGAGGAGCCACUGAGGUGGUGGCGGCCAUCCAGCCGAGUCAGGGUCUCUCCAGCCAGUGGUUCACCACCGGGCUGCCGUUCGAUUACGAGCUCUCCAGGAAUGCCACGAUUCACACCUCCUGCUAUGGCUUCUGGGCCAGCUACAUUGACGCCCAGGGAAAUAUCCUGGCCAAGACGUGCCUCAAAGUGUUUCCCCGCUGGAUGAACGAGCUGAAGUCCAAAAUCGGGGAGAUGCGCCUGCGGGAUCUGUUCAUUCCCGGAACCCACGACUCAGGGUCAUAUCGACCCAACUUCGAUCCGCUGCUCAGGGAGAGUCUGGUUACCAAGUAUGCUUUGACCCAGGACGACGACAUCAGGGGGCAACUGAUGCACGGGGUGCGCUAUCUGGACAUCAGGGUGGGCUACUACCGGAGCUCGCCGGAACCGUUCUUCAUCUACCACGGGAUCACCAAACAGCGUCCCCUGCAGGAGGUCAUCAACCAAGUCCGCGACUUUGUCUACGAUACCAACGAGAUUGUCAUCUUCGGACUCAAGGAGUUCCCAGUGGGCUUUGGUAAAGGUCUUGGUGUUCACCGCCUGCUCAUCAGCUACUUGCGGGAUCAGUUCCAGGACAUCAUAGCUCAUCCGUCGCUGACCUGGCGCGCAUCCCUACGAGACAUUUGGGCCCGGAAGCAGAACGUGUUCCUGGCCUACGACCACGAGGCGAUGGUGGAGGAGUUCCCAGAGGUCCUGUUCGGAUCCGUGGAACAGCGGUGGGGCAACAAGCAGUCGUGGCCACAGCUCGAGACCUAUUUGCGCAACGUCAAUGACUUCGACGUGUCUCGGUUCUCCAGUCGACCGGUGUCCGAUAUGGCGGAGUUGACCCCGGAGACCUGGGACGUCAUCCUGGACAAGCAAGGUGGCCUCCGAAAGAUGGCCGAUAACGUUAACUGGCGGAUCUCCCAGCUAUAUCGAAAUGAACUGGGCACGAAUGCCAAUAUUGUGUCGGCGGACUUCAUUCGGGGCACCACCCUCGUUGAAACUGCCAUAGAAUAUAAUACUCGUAAGAUCUAUAUGUGAAUAGAAGCCACUAUUUUCAGCGGUGUAAUAAUAUGAAGGAGAGGUCAGUGGUUGGGACUGCUGUUUCUUUAAAAAUUAAAACCAACGAUGAGCAAUCCAAGCACACGGCUGAUUUUUGUUUAACUAUUAGUAACAAUAAAAAGGGAACUAAAAUACAUGGUUUCUAACAAUUAAGUUGCCUCAUUAUUUUAUAAAAUGUAUCGGCUUUUCGAACUUUUUUCCCAGCAAAAAUAAAUUUUAUUUAAUAAACUAUGUAUAAACAAAAAAGCUUCCAGCCUGCAAAACCUUUCCCAUAUUUUUGUUGUUUAAAUGUAUUCGUAAAGUUUGCAAUAAAUAUUUCUUUCGUUGACCUCA